AUGCUCGCCAUACGCCGGCUCCGUACAAGUACAGCGCGCCUCAGCGCGACGUUCGCGUCGACGGCGCCAGCGGCAGAGGCGCAGACCUCAUCUGCAGCACCGACCCAAAUACCGGAGCCGCCGAGCGCGCCCCUCGUCGCGUCCAUAUCGUCGAAGGCCGCCGCCUCGUUGGCAUCUCCGAAGCCGAAGGAGGCUGAGAACUCACCGAGCACGGAUGCUACCACUGCUACCACUACCGCAGGCCGUCGCAAAUAUGCCACUCGGCGUCCGCAUAUUAGCCCCCAACGUCCGCGAGAAUGGUCAAGACCGCUUGCACCCGGUGUUCUGCCAGCUUACGACGAAGCUCUGCGGUACAUCGUUUGGGACAGCGCCGUCCUCACCGAAGAGGCGCAACAGCUGAAGAAGCAAAUAUCUGAGAAAGAGGAGCAGUUGAAGAUGGCUACCGACGCGGAGAAGGAGACGGUGCAGGAGAGCAUAAACUCUUUGAAGGAGAAGGCAAAUAUUGUGGAGGUGCAGAGCCAGAUUAACCGGCCGGAGGUGCGAUGGAAAUUCAGAAACGGCCUGGCGGACAUGACGCAACCCGUGUAUCGGAAGCUCACGGACUUGAAGUGGCGGACUGAAGGAGACCUCGACCUACUGAUGGAACGUAUACACCAGAUGAACGUCGUCCCUGAUGUGCUCCCGUCGCUUCACCCUACUAUCGACGUCCGUGUGACGUUCCCUGAAGCACCAUCGCCGCGCAACCGCACAGUACGGAAAGCGUACAAAGCCGUCGAACCCGGAGUCUACCUCGUACCCGAGCAGACUCGCAAACCUCCCCAUAUCUACGUCAGUGUUAUGCAUCCCGAGGAACGCUACUAUACCCUACUCCUAGUAGAUCCCGAUGUACCGAAUGAAACCGACGGCACAUACCAGACCUACCUCCACUGGAUGAUCACCAACAUCCGCCUUUCCUCGACCACCUCUCUCAUCGAAACCUCCCGGCCCUACAUCCCCUUCCCUUACGUUCCCCCACAUCCGCAAAAGGGUACCGACUACCACCGCUACACGCUGCUCCUCCUCCCACACGCCGAACCAGACAAGCGAAUCGACAUCAAGCCCCCGACCAACGCCGACGCCGAUCGCCAGAACUUCGACGUGCGCGGAUUCAUGGCCGAACACGGGCUGGACGGCUCCGUUGGCGGGGGCGCGCAUAUGUGGCGCGAGGUAUGGAACGAGGAGGUAUCGAAGAUAUACCAGGACGUCCUUAAAACGGACGAACCCAGGUACGGUUACCCCCCGAAAGCGGAUCCAUAUGCAGAGGUCAAGGAGAUGGACAAAUAUGGCCCCGCUGCUUAG